AUGCGCACAUUAACGGAAAUCAAGGAUCCUGCUCGCUCCAGCAACAACAACAACUACAAUCCCCAGAUAUGUCGCCAUCUUGACCGUACCGAUAAGUGCCGCCGCUUUGACCUCGCUAUGAGUCUGCUUAACAAUAUGGCAGACUCGAAGCGGCAGGGUUCAGAUGACGUUGGCGAUGUCAAUGACAACGUUGAUCUCGAUGCAGACGACGAUCACGAUGAUGGCGAUGUUGAUUUCGACGCAGAUGUCCUUCAGCACAGGGAAGCGGGAACAGUCCCUGUGCCAUUGCGCUCGUUCGUUAUUGAACGCACAGUGUUCCACCUCGCCUACGACCCAUCCAUCAGAAAUAUAUCUGUUGACGAUGCUGCCAUUAAGUUUGGCCUUCCCGACUUACGACCAGCCAUUGCCGACUUUCUUCGUCAAGAGCUGGACCCACUACUCCACUUCCCUUCGACAAACUACAAGUCUGGUUUAAGCUUCGGCUCCAGGACACCGAUUUUCAUGAUAUCAGCAUCAUACGGCCUGCACAGACCCUCAACUGCGCACCCCCCUUCUGAUCCCUGGACCUCUGGCCGGUAUGACACAGCCAUCAUCAAUAACGAGGCGAGAUGUGUAUGGCCCACAGAUGGUCUUCACGGUCAUACUAUUGGUCAGAUCAGGCUUCUCAUGCGUCCUGUUGGAAAGAGUGGCACAAAUUGGUCAUGGAAGGACCGCUUUCUGGUAUAUGUACAUCACUUUGACAUUGUUCCCCAAAGCUCCGGUACCAAUGAUCGUGAGCCAAGUACGCAGCUCCACUUGCUCAAACGAGCGAAGCGUUCAAAUGGUACUCGGGUGUGUGACAUCGUGCCUGUGACACAGCUCAGAGCACUUGUCAACCUCGUCCCUCGCUUCGGUGCAAGUGUGGACAACCGCCUCACCCCAUAUAAUAGCAUGGAACAUGCUUCGCAGUUUUGGCUCAACAAGUAUUGGGACAAGAACUCAUAUUUUCCUCUUUCCAUGUAA